AUAAUGCCGCGGAAGAAAUCUAACCUCAACAAUCCGUGUAGCAGAAAGGUACGACUCCAGCGCGCUCGGCGAGCUCGAGAAUCAGAAGAAGAAACUGCAGCAAGAAAUGCAGCUCAACGAAUUAGAACAGCAAAAAUUCGUAGUCAAGAAUCUCAAGAACAGCGUAAUAAACGUCUGCGACAAAAUGUAUUAAGGGCAAGAACUGCGCGACAACAGAAUAUAGCCAGAUUUAGAGAACUCGAAAGAACGAGGCAACAAACCAGUCGUGUAUUAACACGUGCAUCAUUCUUUCGCCUUGCGUUUGAGUAUGAACCAGACAUUAAUUACUCGGCACAUUCUAAAAUUACAAUUGGUGCGAUGGAUAAAAUAUGUCAAUAUUGCCACGCGUUAAAAUUUCGAAAUGAAACAACUGGAAUGUGUUGUGCAUCAGGAAAAAUUGUACUGCCACUUCUUCCUACUCCACCAGAACCUUUGAAAUCACUUCUUGCUGGCGAAUCAGACGAUUCGAAAUUAUUUUUAUGUAAGACACGUAAAUUUAAUUCUUGCUUUCAAAUGACAUCUUUUGGUUGCAACUAA